AACAAAAUAAAAGUAUAUUAAAAUAUUUUCAAAAUCGCCGUGAAAAAUUAUGACAAAUCAAGGGAAGUGCGCAGUUUGUGGAGUUGCCGCGUCGCAGAAGUGUGGUGGCUGCCGAAAUGUUGUCUAUUGCGGCAAAGAGCAUCAGAUCAUACAUUGGAAGAAGGGUCAUAAGGGCGAGUGCAAGUGUUAUGAGGUCGCCACAAAUGAUACAUUGGGUCGCCAUUUACGCGCCACCCGCGACAUUAAGAAGGGUGAGAUUUUUUUGCGUGAAAAACCCUUCAUCUACGGACCCAAGGUAGCCAGUGCGCCUACGUGCUUGGGUUGCCAUCGCACAUUGCAAGCACCGGAGCCGCCACAAACAAAUUUCUACAAAUGCACACGUUGCUCAUGGCCUUUGUGUGGUCCACAAUGCGAACGUUCGACCCAUCAUAUUGACGAGUGUGAACUUAUGACGGCGCGUAAAUUUAAUGCCAAAAUCGAUUAUAAUCCAAACAAAGAACAAACAGGCAAAAAGGAGUCAGCUUAUUGUGUCAUCUUACCACUGCGCUGCAUUUUGUUGAAAAAUAAGAAUCCCGAAGCUUUCGCACGUUUCUCCCAACUGGAAGAUCACCUCAACGAACGUAAAGAUACGCCACUCUACAAAAUACUCGGCGCAAACCUGCUAACGUUUAUCAAAACUGUAAUGGGUUUCAGCGAGUGGAGUGAUGAGGAUGUGUUGCGCGUCGCAGCGCGUUUGGACACCAACGCAUUUGAGGUGCGUCAAGUAGCGACGGGUCAAAAACUGCGUGCAAUCUAUCCAAACGCCGCGAUGAUUUCACACGAUUGCGUGUCUAAUGCACGCCACACCUUCGACGCGCAAAUGCAUAUACUCUUCAUAGCAAAACAGAAGAUCGCGAAGGGUGAAAUAAUUGCAACCUCCUAUACACAGCCGCUUAAGUGUACGCUCAUGCGUCGACAGCAUCUACUGCAGACCAAGUGCUUCGAGUGUACUUGUAAGCGUUGCAGUGAUCCCGAGGAGUUGAGCACAUUCGCUGGCGCUAUUCUAUGCAGCAAGUGUAAGAUUGGAAAGAUAAUAUCGACAAAUCCGCUAGACAACGCCGCCUUGUGGAAAUGUCAACUGUGUCCGCACGAAAUACCCGCCAAGCAAAUCAAUUGGGGUAACGGCGCCAUGGUGAAGGAGAUUGAGUCGUUAAAUAAAAAGUCGCCGCGCGUCUUCGAAGAGUUCCUACACCGUUACCGCGACACGCUGCACGAGAAGAACACGCAUGUGCUGCAGGUAAAAUACGCGCUGACGCAACUGUAUGGAAAUGCGCCCGGAUUUCAAAUGCACGAAAUGAAUGAUGCGGCUGUUAAACGUAAAGUGGAGCUCUGCCAAGAACUUUUGGAUAUCGCGGACAUACUUGAUGGCGGAUUUAGCAUUUUCCGCGGUAAUUUAUUACUUGAUCUACAGGAAGCCUUGGUCGUGCAAGCAAAACGCGAAUUUGAGCAGGGCUUAUUGACAAAGACCAAUGUUCAGGAGAAGCUUGCAGAAGCGAUGGAACUGCUGAAGGAGGCAGUAGAAAUCAUGAAGCUCGAACCCGAUAUGCAGGAAGUAUUAAAGGAACGUACUCAGCAAUUGGCUGAUGAGCUUGAAAUGGAUUAAAGAACUAUUUUUAGUUCAGACUUAAAUUUUAUUAACUUUUUUUAGAGUAGAAUAUUAGCAAUAAAAAAUUA